UCCGGCGCGGUGCGCGCUCAUGCUGCGACGCACGGAGCGGCACUCGGACGUUAACUCGAUCGCCUGCGCUCAGUUAUUUGCGCCCCGGUCCUGGCAGCAUCCAUCUCCUCCAUCUGCACCGACAGAGGCAUCAUUCUGACCCCCAGCCUCUGCCGCUGAACGCUGUCGUCCCUCUGUCUUUGUGCUCUGGCUGCCGUGCUGAGGAGGGGAAGCGGAUACCUGAGCUGCGUUGGCAUCACUGCGGAUCGUUUCGGGUGACAGAUCGGUCAUCCGUUUGUGUGCAACCCCUGACCGUGCUACCAGAUAGCCACGAUGGCAAAAACAAUCACAUCAUCCUGCGCCGUUGCAGGUGAAAAGAUGGCACGACCAUCCGUCACUCUACUUCCUGACAAGAAAUCUCCGACAAAUGGUCUCAGCUCUCCCUCUCGGACGGGAAAAACUACUCUAUCCAACGCAGAGAGGAAGCCACAAAUGAACGGACAUGCAUCCCCUUCACACCUGGCAGCUAAUAACAGUAACAACCAUGGAGGUAAGCAAAGUUUGGAGGGUUACAUGAAGACAGACGACAGGAUGCGUUUAGCCAAAGAGAGGCGAGAGGAGAGAGAGAGAAGCCUGGCGGCCAGGGAGCAGCAGAUCAGGGAGAAGGAGCGCAGGGCCCAGCUCCAGUAUGAGCGCACCGUGGAGGAGCGCUGGAGGCGGCUGGAGGAGCAGAGGCAGAAAGAGGAGCUCCGCAGAGCCGCGGUGGAGGAGAAGAGGAGGCAGCAGCUCGAGGAGGAGAGGGAGCGGCUGGAGGCCCUGAUGAAACGUUCUCUGGAGCGCAGCCUUCAGCUGGAGCAGAGAACAAAACGCUGGGGCAGAGGCUUUUCCCCAGCAGGUGACUGUGAGAAUGCCCCACUCCCUUUCUCUGCUGCCUCCGCCUUUUCCCAUGGCAUUGCCUCCCCCCUUCCUGCUGUCAGCGAAUCUGCACCCUGCAGCCCUCACAGGUCACCUUUCUGCAACUCACUCAGCCCUGCUGAUCACAACAGAGCUGGACUUCAGGGAGGCUCUCAGUCCACUCCCAAUACCCCAAAGAAAGAGCGGCUGCGCAGACAUAGAAGAACUGCAUCUCCUGGUUGUGGAUCCCCUGUGAGAAGACCUGAAUCCCCUGCAAGCGUCACAAAGCACUUGGCUUCUCCUACAACCUCCAGGCUUGUGUCAAAGGUCCGGGCCCAGUCUCCCAGCAACUCCCACCAGUACCAUCAUUCUCCAACAAGACAUCGCCAAAACCUGUCAGCUGACGGCAGCAAAGCAGAAGACAAGAAGAUGGAGGGAAAGUGCGGGCAAUCCAAAACUGAGCCUGCUGUGCCAAACACUCCUGACAUCAACGGCUCCAUUUCAUCUUCACAAGCUGAGAAGAACAUGGUCAAUGAUGAAUUGACAAAGUCCAAGCCUUGUAAUGGGGAUCCGUUUGACAAGAGCCUGAACAGGGACACAUCUGGAAAGGCUCAGUCUCCUGACAGAAGGAACAAAGUUUCCUCCAGAGCUGAUUCUUCAGAGAAAAAGAUCCAGAGCAUCACACAGGGUGGCGACAAGAAUAAAGAGUCAGCACCAGCUAUGGGGAAAGCGGUUGCUGGCACAACCAAUGCAGAGGAGGCUACCAGACUGAUGGCAGAGCGCAGGCGCCAGGCCCGAGCCCAGAAAGAACUGGAUGAGAAAAAACGGGAAAAAGAGGAAGAAGAAGAAAGACGGAGGGAAGAGAAGCAAAAGAAGCAGAUCGCUGAGGAGCAGCGGCAACAGCAGGUAUCGGCUCAGCAAGAGGUGGAUAAAGGGAAGGAUGUCAAAGACGUUCAGGGGCUGAAAAAAGAGGAAGACAAACAGAAGAGAGAACAGCAGGAAGGGGAGAUGCAGAUCCAGGUGGAAACAGAGAAAGAAAAAGCCAAAGUCCAGGCCCAAGAGGAUGCAGAGCGGCAGCGUCAGCAGCAGGACAGAGAACAGCAGAAACAACAGGAAGAGGAGGAGAGGCAGCUCCGAAAAAAGAGAAUUGAGGAGAUCAUGAAGAGAACAAGGAAGGGUGAAGCUGAUAUGAAGGAGGCACAGGUGGAGGAGCCUGUCUCACCACCAGGAGACGUAAAGUUGAUCAAGCAGGCGAGUCAGAAGGUUGAGUUUCAGGUUAAAAAGCAGGUGACAGUGCAGGUCGAAACAAAGGAAUGUAUCAUCGUGAGGAAAGAAGAGACGGUGGCACAGAUGGACAGCCAGAGGAGCAAGCACACUCAAAACAACGCAGCGCAGUCUGCUGUGAAAAAAAGGCAAAGCAGCCCCGACAAACUACAAACCAGUCAGCAAGAGCAGGGCAGCCGACUUAGCAAAGAGCCCAAGGCCUGUGCUUUAGCACAACCGGAACAAAAAGUGGACCUGAAUGUAAACAAACAGCAAAGAGGAAAUGUUCAAGAUAAAGCCGAAGCGAAUAAAAAGUGCACAAAGCCGACGGCGGAUGCCAGUCCAAACCAAAGAGAGGGCGCUAAGAUGAAUGGAGUGGUGAAGGGUGAAGGAAGUGCCUUGAUGAGCGGUCAUCAAACAGCUGACAGAAGCAAACAGCAAAACCCAAAUCACUCAACCUCAGCUGGGGGAAAAGCUGAAAAGAAGUCAGCUGAGGAGGUUAUCAGAGCCUCUGUUACACCAGUAGCGGUGGGACGCCUGGCACCACCCGUCAUUAAGCUGGAGCCACUAGACGUGGUGCGCACAGGGUCAUGUGAUGAGGUGCAGUCAAUGGAGGUCAGUCCAGCUUCAAAGGAAGAACUAAUCUCCAUUCCUGAGUUCUCACCUAUCAAUGAAAUCCAGCACGGCAGCAUCGGCAACAACCAAGCUCUGGAGGAUUUAAUGGACCUGACAGGAAGUGUCACGUACCCCAAACUGUCCUCCGAAAACAGGAAGGGUGACUGCAACAAGAACAUGAUAGACGGUGUUGUUAGUCCCAUGACAGACUCAAAGCUUGUUGGCAUGUCGCCUUCAAACAAACUUAGCGUCAAGUAGUCCAUAAGUCUUUUACCUACCCUCAUCUGCUUGCUCUAUCUCUACUAUCCAUCCGUCACACACAAAAACACAAAGGAUAUCUUAUUAUGAGGAUGUGCUCUUGUGUCUACAGUUAUGGGAAUAGAGCCAUAGGAAUUUUCUUAUAAAUUCAAACUGUGUCUUUCAGUAUAAACAAAAUAUUUCCUAUAUACUAAUUACAGCAAAUUAAACUAUGUGUGAAAUAUUUUGCUGCUGUUAUGAGGAGCACAUGUGUGAAAGGCAGUCAUGAAAAGAGUGUGACAGUGUGUAGAAAAUGACAAAAACAAAGAUAAAAAUAUCAGGGAUUUGAGUAUAAUAGAAAAUGACUUACUAACUUGCAUUUGCUUGUAAAGAACUUCACAAUUCCUCACUGGUUCAUUACCCCUGGAAUGUUAAAGCCUGCUCUGAGCAUCCGUGUAUGCAGUUGCUCCCCCUUUCUACAUGCCCUAGAAAACCCUUAAAUCAAGUUUAGUGCAGAGCUAAGGAAAGCAACUAUAUGAUGGCCACAUUUGUGAAACAUCUGUUGCAUAUUUCUAACAAGGAAAUGUUAUUCAUGCAUGUGUUGAUUAUUGGUCUCUGAGGAAGGGGUUGGAUUUAUCAGGUCAAGGCAAAAUAGUAUCAGAGCUACGGCUGUCCUCUUCCCAAUCCAGUACAUUCUAAUCAUGGAGGACUUUUCACAUUUUAAGAUGACUCUUUUCUGAUGGGACUUGAAUGCAUGUGAGUGUGAAAUUUCAGCUCAUACCCAUCGACUUAAAGUUUAUUGCACUUUAAAAACAAUCAAACACUGGAAUUGUACAUCAAUGGAAAUCAAAUGUUAGCUGCAGACCAGAGUUAGUCUCUGUUGUGAAUUUUUUUGCCGUGGAGCUACCCUUACAUGAAAAGCCCACAGAGAAAAAAAUGGCUUUCUGAUUAAAAAAAAAGAAGAAAAGAACUGAUAACUGAGCAACCUGAUUUAAGUUUAAAUGUUUUCUGUAGGAGUGCCUUGAUUUGUUAGACACAGUUUCAGUAGUUCAACCUUUUCUCAUCCCGUUACUUUGUUCUCAUGUGGUCUUCUCCAAGAAGGAGCUCUGUUAGCCAUACUAGUUUUCUGUAUUUGUCAAUUGAUAUUAUGAUAUGCUUUACGAUGUUUUCAGUCACUGUAAUUCAAAUGCUUGUUCCAGUUUAUUUAUCUUUGUUUAUUUCCUACUUUGGAUUAGGAUAGUGCUUAUGACAUAUAAUACUUGAAUGUUUGGUCUAAAACACGUUCUCGUCUUUCCACCAUACUGCAGAUAGUUAUUCCUAAAGCUUGUGCACAAUAUGAUGUAGCUUAUAAAGUGACAUUUAGAUGUUGUUCCUUAAACAGCACAUGACCUAACAAGUCACAUCUUUAGUGGUAUUAAGCAAAGUAGCAAAUUAGGAACAUGAGUAUUUGUAAGUUAGGAUGACAUUACAUAGUAUUUUGCAUUUUCAAACAGAAUUUCUGCAUUUAUUAAACAUUCUUUAUUUUUCUUUGCAAGGAGCAAUCAUCGUAUGUUGAAAAAAAUCAAGAUGUGAUACAUAAAACAUUUCUAAAUGUAUCCCGAUCAGUUACCAUAUAUAAAAACACUACUAUGGUCAAUCAGCUAGCUGUUUAAGUUAUGCAAAUACUAGAAUUUGUGCAUGGAUAGCAUGGUCACUGCAAUGUUACCCUAAACAAUAAAGA